AAUACAACUCAAUGAUAACACCAAACAAAUUCACUUUAGUUCGAAACUCCAGUUCAAGAUGACCAAAUUAAGUGUAUCCGAAGUGAAUGGACUGAGUGAUGAUCAGUUCGAGUGGGUGUUCAGGAAUGUGAUCGAGCUGCGCUCGGAGGCGGCGGCGAGUGUGCUGGACUUGCGUCCGUUCACAGACGCCCCCGACCUCUGUGCCGCGUUUGACAAAUAUUUGGACCAACUCAGCGUUGAAGGCAAGUUGGAAGUUUUAAAAUCGCAUCCCGACUUGGCCGGUCGCCUAGCAGCGAAAGGAGAACUUACCCAAGAAUCCACAGAUGAACAACGCAGUGCUGGGUUAAACGAACUAACUGUUGAACAGAAAGCUAUUAUGGAUUUCAAUAAUGAAAGGUACAAAAAUAAAUUCGGAUUCCCGUUUAUUAUUUGUGCAAGAGAAAACAAAAUUCAAUCCAUUAUUGAAGGUUUAAAGAAUCGAUAUAACAAUACAAAAGUACAGGAAAUUGUUAUUGGAAUUAAUGAAGUGAAAAAAAUAUGUAAACUUAGAAUACUUGAUAUUGUACAGAGUUCAUGAAUUUCUGAUUAAAAUUACAUAAUUAUUAAUACGUUUUUAUUAUCAAUAUUAUAAAUACAAAAUAUAUAAUAAAUGUUUUA